AAUAAUAAAAUCAUAUUACUAUCUUUUGUUUUCACCCAGAAAUUAAAUUAUGUAUGAUCAACAAAAAUCUAAUCUAAACUAUCUUCUCUUUUGAGUUAGAUUUUGUGAAAAUAUUUAACUCCAUACCACAUUCUUCCUUGAUUUACUUUUUCAAUUUUCCACCAUAGUUGACCAAACAAAAAAUAAAACACCAUAGAGAGAUAAAAACAAAAAUAAAGAAAAAUGGGGAAUUCAUUCGGAUGCUCAGCUUCCGGUGAAAGAUUAGUAUCGGCGGCAAGAGAUGGGGAUUUUGUGGAAGCAAAGAUGCUCUUGGAUUGCAAUCCUUGUCUAGCUAAGUACUCCACCUUUGGCGGUCUUAAUUCUCCUCUCCAUUUCGCCGCCGCUAAAGGCCACAACGAGAUCGUGGCUUUGUUGCUUGACAAUGGAGCUGAUGUUAAUUCUCGUAAUUACUGUGGCCAGACGGCUUUGAUGCAAGCUUGUCGAUAUGGACACUGGGAAGUUGUACAAACUCUUUUGCUUUUUAGAUGCAAUGUUACACGAGCAGAUUACCUUAGCGGAAGGACAGCUCUGCAUUUUGCAGCUGUAAACGGCCAUGUAAGAUGCAUAAGGCUAGUUGUUGCUGACUUUGUUCCUAGCUCCCCUUUUGAAGCUUCACAUUCUCAGGCAGAUGUUGACUCAGGAGAUGCUUCCAGUGCAAAAAACAAAUUUGAUCAUAGUGCACUGUCCAAGUUUGUAAAUAAGGCGGCUGAUGGUGGUAUUACUGCUCUUCACAUGGCUGCAUUGAAUGGAUAUUUUGAUUGUGUACAGCUUUUACUCGACAUUCAUGCAAAUGUGUCAGCUGUGACAUUUCAUUAUGGAACUACAAUGGAUUUAAUUGGAGCUGGAAGCACUCCUUUGCACUAUGCUGCUUGUGGGGGGAAUUUAAAGUGUUGUCAGAUCCUCAUUGCAAGAAGUGCGAGUCGGAUGACUUUAAACUGCAAUGGGUGGUUGCCAGUUGAUGUUGCUAGGAUGUGGGGGCGUCAUUGGCUUGAACCAUUAUUGGCGCCAAAUUCUGACUCCGCCAUACCAAGAUUUCCUCAUUCUAAUUACCUAUCUUUGCCUCUUUUAAGUGUGCUUAACAUAGCAAGAGAGUGUGGGAUGCAUUGCUUGACAGCCGUCUCUGAUGACCCUGAUAUUUGUGCUGUUUGCCUGGAGAGAGCAUGUAAUGUAGCUGCUGAAGGGUGUGGGCAUGAACUUUGUGUGAGGUGUGCAUUGUAUCUCUGUUCAUCAAGCAAUACUCCUUCUGAAAUGGUAGGCCCACAUGGCUCCAUUCCAUGCCCUCUCUGCAGGCAUGGAAUUGUAUCUUUUGUUAAAUUGCCUGGUUCAGCAGCAAAAGAAAUGAAACUUCCUCUGUCGCUUGGCCUCUGUACCCCGUGCAUUCUACAUUCUCGUGAUACAGACGAGCAAUCUCCAGCAUGUGUGCCAGAGAUACGAAAGAAUCGUGUGGCUUCAGUGUCUUCUGAUUAUUUCUGCCCAGUUACUUGUAGCCCAUUUCCUUCAGUUGCAAUCCCUUUAUGCACCUGCAGUGAUGGUCCAUGUCCGUCUUUUGAACCUCGAACGGUAGAAACACAAGAUGAAGCCCCCCGCCGUUCACAGACAAUAUCUGUAGAACAGGACAAAAUUGAAGGCCCGAGACUAGAGAAAACAAGCUGUUCAGGGAUGAUGUUCUGGGGAAGAAGGAGCUGCAGCAGAGAGCAUCAGUGCAAUUCAGAAAUUAAUGCCUGAUGCUUUUUGGAUCAUGUAGAUUGAACCAUUGAAUUUUGUGUCCAAGGUGGUGAUAUAUGGUCAUACAGGACUCAAAUUAUUCAUAAAUUUUCAAAUCCAUGUUUGCUUCCAGUUUUUUAGUAUCGGCAGGCGACAUGGUAAUGGAUUGGGGUUUCCAGAUAUGGCUGUUGACCGCCAUUUAGAUGUCUCUAAGAUAUUGGGUGAGGGCUGUAAAAAUGUAUGGGAGGUUUAUAGGUUAUUGUAAUUGAAUGUUAUCAGGGAUCAAAAUAUGUUUUUGUUCUCUGCAUUCCACCAUUGACUAGCAAGAGUGAGUUUGUUAAUUAUUCUACCACUUCUUUUUUUGCUAAA